AGCUCCUGCCAUUCCGUGUUCUCUCUACAGCUUCACCUGACAAACCUUCUCAUUCAUCCCCAGCUCCUCCAAGAGACAGACUCAACCAUGGCUUCCUGUGGACCAUCCUGUGCCGUCCCAUCUUGUGCUUCCACCCCAGUCGUUGGUUUUGGAUCAGCCGGUGGUCUUGGCGGUGGUUUUGGCGGUGGCAUUGGUGGUGGAAUUGGCAGUGGUUUUGGCGGUGGAUUUGGCUAUGGUUCUGGCUUUGGCUCCGGUGCCCUGGUUGGAUCCGGCGUCCCUUCUGCUAGUCUUGGUAUUCUUUCCGGAGUCCAGCCUUCAUGCGUCAACCAGAUCCCACCAGCAGAGGUCGUCAUCCAGCCACCUCCCGUCGUCGUGACCAUCCCAGGACCCAUCCUCUCUGCCAGUUGCGAGCCUGUGUCUGUCGGAGGCAACACCCCAUGUGCUGCUGGUGGUUAUGGAUCCGGAUUUGGCAGCGGAUUUGGCAGCGGAUUUGGCAGAGGGCUCUAUGGUGGUGCAGGUCUUCUGGGGUCCAGCUCUGGGGCUUUGGGGGGCCGUAGUCGUUAUGGGUUUGUGGGGCGUAGAGGCAGCAUCUGCUAUACCCCCUGCUAAGCUCUCACGGUCUGUCAACUAGGAGGAAACAUAAAGAUAUCUGUGGUGGACUAUUUCGGUCUGAUUUUAGAUAUGCUGAGCACCCUAACUCCCUAGGCAAUCCCAAUGGGAGCUGGGAGAGUGUUCUGCAUCCCUUGUAAUCAGGUCCAUCUAGAACAUGCAGCUGUUUCCAGUUAAAUUUUAUCUCACUUUCCCCUGCUAGUUACUGUGAUAUUUAUUUUCCUACAUCUCUUUGAAACACACCAAUUCCCAUCAGGAAGAAAAACACAAGAUCCAUUCACUAUG